CCAAGAUUCCAAUCCACAAGGUAACUGUUUUAAAACCAGUCGCGACGGAAAAACCUCUUCAUUUAGUGACAAAAUGUUCAAGCAUCAAGUCAUUUUGUGGUGUCUCUUCGGCUUGUGUGUUGCGAAAGACGUAAAAUUCACCAAAUGCGGCGCCAAUGGCUUCAUCUGUAGUACGGCGGGAAAACUCCAAAUCAUUACCUAUCGAUGUCCAAUUGAAGAAAAAGACCUCCUCUUCAAAAUAAACGACUUCGGGUACCCACCAAACGACAUAUCGCUGAUAAUCGAAAACUGCUUGGAAAUCACAGUCUCCUUCCAAUGUUCCAGCCAAGUCAUAUACAUUAAAUCCAUGUUCAUCAGAAACAUAGGAAAGCUGAAAAUACACCAAGAUCCACAAUACCAAACUCAGCUACCGUUCCAAGUGACACUCAAGAACGUAAACUACAUUAAAGACAUUCCAAGUUUUGCUUUCUCUAAGAUCGAUGUAGCUUCGCGCAAUGUCGAAUGUUUCACUCCCCUUUUCGAUCUGAAGUUUCUUCAUUUCGAGAACGUAGGUAUCGGCAACUUUCAAUCCAAUGGAAUUUAUAUGCCUAAUAAUGGCGGCAACGUUUUUUUCAAUAAAGUUAACAUCGGCAAGAUGAGAAGAAGUGCGAUUUCGAUCAAUAUGUCGACUCCAUACAUUUUCCAAAUGAAAAACAGUGCGAUUGGCAUCGUAGGAAACCAAGCAAUGCAAGUGACUGGAGGAGGGAUGAUUUUCAGCAAAAACACAUUCGUCGAAAUUUCGGCUGCUGGAAUAGGAGGCCCUGUGGACUUUUUUUACUUCAACGAAAACGCGAUCGGCACUCUACAAUCUCAAGGAAUCUCUAUAACAUCCCAAACGGUCUGGAUUUGGAAAAACGUCUUCAAGUACAUGAUAACUGGAGCUUUAGAAAAAAUAAGUCCUGGACCUACAGCGCAUAGUCUUGAUGAAAAAGCCUCCUAUAAAUUUUACCUCAAUAGAAUAGACAGCAUGGAAGAACGAAGUUUCCAUCCGGAUUUCCAAGCUUACGAGAUGACACCCACAGAAAUGUUCGUCAAAACAAACACAGUUUUGUGCUCCUGCGAAAACUCCGGGUGGCUGGUCUCUCAAAUCGGUCGAACAUCAACCUCAAUAGAGAGAUUCUAUGAAAAGUUUAUAGCGAAAAAGGACGGCAACUAUUGCUCCAGCUCUUGCAGUCUGCCGAUCGCCUACACUGAAAGAAUGGUCCACGAUGGAAAAUGCGAAGAAAAUGUCUCAGUGGAAUGGUUGUGUCAGAAUCAGACAACGAAAUGAGUAUAAAAUCACCAAAUGAUUAGUAAACGAUAGUAAUGUUCGAAAAACUAGGAGACUGUCUAGGAGACUCUUAAUGAAUAAAGCUUAUGAUUGUA